AUGGAGCAAUGUGCAGGCAAGCCAAUAGAGGGACGGGCGAGCUUUGACGAGCCACCAUUUACCCGAGCCGACGUCCCUGACCUGAACGUACCUGCAUGUCGUGAGGAUCCUGGCUUGGCUGCACGCUGCCAGAGCGUCGGAUUCUCGCAUGGAGAAUUCUUUUCCAGUCCCAGGCCUGCCUACAGUGACCCUGGAGUGUGUAUAGCUGAAUGUGGAGGCGCUGAGCUGUGUGAGUCGAUCUUGAGCAGUCUAGGUUGGAACCAGCAUCCGCAUCAGCAGCCGCAUCAGCAGCAGGAGGAGGAGCAGCAGCAGCCGCAGCAGCAGCAGCCGCAUCAGCAGCAGCAGCAGCAGCAGCAGCAGCAGCAGCAGCAGCAGCAGCAGCAGCAGCAGCAGCAGCAGCAGGAGGAGGAGGAGCAUCAGCAGCCGCAGCAGCAGGAGGAGGAGGAGGAUCAGCAGCAGCAGCAGCAGCAGCAGCAGCAGCAGCAGCAGCAGCAGCAGCAGCAGCAGCAGCAGCAGCAGCAGCAGGAGGAGCAACCCCAGCAAAGGCAUCAGGAAG